GAGUUUGACGUCACCCACUACGGAGUGUCACACCAUUCUGAACACAAAGCGGCUUCCUCUUACCAGCACAUUCAUACUGCAAUACAGCAACAGUUGUUUUCUGGCAGGAUGUGGUGAAGGACCGUGACUUAAAUAGGACAACAACUCAUCUCGGACCAUACAUUUAAAACAUAAAGAGAACUAUUAAAAAUAGUUUUGGGGCAUUUUUAUUAUCUUAGUUUCUUUUAUUUUGGACCUUCUCAGCUUUGAUGGCGUGAUGUCAGUGAGUAUAGUUUAGAGAUAACCCAGCAUUUUGAGUUUUUCUUCUAUAAGUAAAAGGAAAUGCCUACUGUCAGUAGGUAUAUGACUUUUCGUUCAUCAAAGCGAUUAAAAAUUACCAGCUACCCAGUAGAGAGCAGUGGUGGCGGGCUGCCAGCCAAAGUGAAGAAAAGCAGGAGCAGCUCAAGCAAUGGCAGCGUCAAGAAGGUGGAGACCAGGAAAGCCUUGAGCCUGGAGGCGGCCCAGCUGGAGAUCCAGAAACAGCACAAAACCAUCACCAGACAAGUAUCCAUCAGGUCGCAGACAUUCGACGUUGACAGCAGAGGCUUUGAGAGGACGGAGGGCUCCGGCACACAAAGUAGUUUCACAAAGCACAACAAGACAUUCCACAUGUUGUUUCCAGACAUUCCUAAGAGUGAAGACUUGAUACACGCAUACAUCUGUGCCCUGCAGAAGGAAGUGCCCUAUCAUGGUCGACUGUACAUCACUGACACCAAUGCCUGUUUCUACUCCUCAGUUCUGCUCAAGGACACUAAGGUAGUUAUUCCAGUUUACUGCAUCCACAUAGUGAAGAAGCAGAACACAGCUUUACUGGUACCCAACGCCUUGUCGAUUCGCACCACAGAAGGAGACAAGUACCUGUUUGUGUCGCUGCGGAACAGAGAAUCAUGUUAUCAGCUGCUGCGUUCAGUAUCUCCUCAGAUAGAGGAUGGCAGCACAAAUAGUAGCCCCGUCUUCUCCUCGACUGAGAACAGCUUCGAUAAGAGCAAACUCGUGAACUCCAGCCAGUCAAGUCUGGACGACAGCUUCGACCAAUUCGAUGGCUCCGAGUCACAAUCUUUACAGGACCAGCCUCUGCACAGACCGCACAGAGAGGCAGUGCCUAACGGGAAUGGCCCGACUUUUAGGAGCCUACACAUGCAGCAGAGCGAUAGCUCGUCCUCAGAGGAGCUGUCAGUAUCAGGUGCAGGUGGAUCGUGGGUUUGGAGCGUGACAGAAAAGGCCAAGUCCCUGCUGGUUCAGAGAGAGGCCAGCACCCUCAACACUCUACUCUUUGUUUACUUGAUUUUGGUUGUGCUGCUGCUGCUGUCUUCCGGCUACAUUGGGUUACGUAUCGUGGCCCUGGAGGAACAGCUGACAUCCCUAGGGGCGCUGCCUGAGUUCACUUUACAGAGCGGGUACCAAGACACAUAACACUCAGCGACUGAAGGAGAGAUUGGUUGACUCGUGAUCGGAGGAUUAUUUCGACCCUCUUCCAGCAGCGGGAGAAAUUUAAUGUACUCAAGACUGUGCUCCCAACAAUGGCCUGUGCUGUUGGCUAGAGGGAGAAAAAAAAUGGCCACCAUGUGCAAUUUCAGAGACACCUUGAUAACUUGAAGGGCUAUACUAUCCUAGUGCAGUAAACAAAAAAGGACAUGCCACGACUUUGUCACGCGGAGCCGUGCCAAAACGCAUACACGCACGCUGCCUGGUUGCAGCGUGUCUGUCGUCGAAACCAAAGCCAAACGGCUCUAACUUAGCAAAAUGUGCCGCGUUAGCCAAGUUGACGGGGCGCUUUUCCUGACAGAAACUGUUCCAUCUAUGUUAUCCAUCAUCCUUCAUGCAGACUCCUCUACCUGAGCAUGCAGUCUGAACAGGGCUAUACCAAUCAGCAUUAGCCUGCUGUAGUGCUUAUUCUUAUUAUUGCACCUCAACACCAGAGACGUAGUGCUAUGCAGAACCAAAGAUGCACAGAGUGCACGUCUUUUGCAUGAGUGCACGGAGCAGAUUUUUAAUAAUUUUCUAUCUCUUAUCUACCCUUCCAUCUAUCGGCAGAAUAUACCAGUCCGUCUCUGUCGGGUACUUCUCUCCGAAUGGUUCCUAUCUUCCUAAUCAGCUGUGGGUUUGACGUGAUGAUAGCUGAAACCUCAACAUCAGAUCAGCCCACAGAGGCUCGAUCCUCUCCUGAUGGUCUUAUCCUUUUCUCUCUUUCUCCAAUCAGCUAUGAUUGCAGUAUUGCUUUCCUCGUCUUUGGCAUGAUUUAAACCAGUUUUAAUGAUCAAUGCUCAGAGGGUAUUUUUGUUCCUGCAGUCUCAACUGUGGAUGAAUGCAUCAUCAAUGCACAAUUAUUUAAUACAGUAGGACACGAGGAGGUUGUCUCAGAGGCAUCGGUAUGUUUUUGUGUAAGGCUUUUUCUACAACUUCGGUCUUCAAGAGUAGAUUUCAAAUCUGUCUGUUGAUGUACUGUCUACCAGUCUGACCACAUUGCGUUAAAAAUACAAACCUCUCUUUCUUUGACAGGCCUCUUGAAGACCAAGCGGCAUUUCUAGAAUUUUCAGGUUAUUUAAAAGUAGCACCAAUAAUGUUUUUUCUAAUGUUCAUGCAUGUGUCUGCAAUACCGACACUCGACUGAUACUGUGUAUGCGUUCUCGCAUCUUGUCGCCCGAAGAGGAGAAUUUUGCAGCCACGCUUUGCUAUAAAGGUCCAAGUUUUCAACAGCAAAAAAAAAACAAGUGGUCCCUAGAAAGAAAUUUCAAUAUGCAACAAAUUAUUAUUAUGCAUGGCAAAGUGUAAUUUAUCUUUGUGUGCCGUUUUUUUAAAAUGGAGCUUGAUGUUUGUGGGGGAAGAAAUUGUGUUGAGGGAAAAAAAAAAAGAAAAAAAGAUUAGAGUGAAAGGAACAGCUCAAUCGAGCGAGCGCACUUUAAAAAAUGUGUUGUGCCUGUCACAAUCC